AUUCAAAACUGAGAUUCCUAUGGGUCUUAGCCAUGAAAAAGGAAAAUUUUCAGCGAACAAAUUCUUCUAUGUUAUGUAGUAACCACUUUCUUGAAAGUGAUUUGGUCAGACAAUUCGGCCAAAUCAGACUGAGAGAAGGUUCAAUUCCCUCAAUUUUUGAUUUUCCUGAUCACUUGAUAAAGAAAACACCCAAACCAAGGAAAAUCAGAAAAAGAUUAGCCGAGAAGGAGAUUCAAGCCGAAUCUACUUCUGGAGAGAAAAAGCUUAAGCUGGAUCUUCUAUCAACUAGUUCUGAAAACUACUUGGAGUCUGUGAAUAUCGAUACCAAGGUUUGCUCUGAAAAACCUCAGAUUCAAAAGAAAACAAUAAGGUAUUUUCGUUUAUAUGGUUCAUUCAGUGUCUUCAAAUAAUUAUUUUGCAGGAGGAGGCAUCAUUUUGUGGAUGUGAAAUAUUCUGCUCUGGAAACAGCUAAAAAAUGGUUUGGAAUAUUGCCAAUAGGAGUAUUAAGAAAAUUAGAAAAGAAAAUAAUAAAUUAAGAAAAAAAAACAUAAAUUGCAUAGCAGGGUGAUAAAGUUGAAAUAACUGAUAUUGCAUUUGAAAACUUCUUAAAAUGUCUCUCAAAAUUGUUGUGACAUAACGCAGGUAAAAGACAAGUAUGAACUGGAGGCCUAUAAAGAAUCAUUGACUAAUGCAAAUUAAUGUAUGUUGAGAAAUUACAUCUGUUUUAGAAUUUUAUUUUAUUUUGCUCAGUAAGGAUGGUGCUCCCUUUUUCCAGAAAGUUAAAGGUAUAGCUCACAUAUUUUCUUUCAACUCUACAUAUCUGGGGUAAGUAUGUAGGUGAGUAAUCUUUGAAUCUUGGUAUUCCAUAAAUUUUUUUUUUCAGAUUUGUGGGUCGAAGAUAUUUGAAUUAAUUUGUGAUUCACUUAAAAUAUUUUAUGUUACAGGAAUGUAUUCCGAAGGCUGAACAGGAGUUAGUGUUGAGACAACUCAAAAUUUCAACAAAUAAUUUAUUCAGAUUUGUAAUUUCAA